UAAAAAGAAAAAGGUGAAAGAGUAAAAAAUUUUAAUGACCACAUUCUUUAAAUUUUGUCAUGUUCAUUCCAAAUGUGUCUUUGGAAACAAUAACAGAGGUUGGACUAAAGUAUUCUCACCCUAAGCCUGCUAAAGCUAUAUCUGACUUAUAACAAAUUUUUAUGUAUUUUAGUAUAUUAGUAUUUCAUGGCAUUAAUGUAAAGAUAAACCUGGCUUCCCAGAGAAAUAUUUACUUAGAUAAAUUCAAGAACCACUGAACUACCAGAACAGUGGAACAGAAAAGAGAGGGCAAGAGAAACAAACCAGGUGUGAAAUAUUAGCAAAAACUAAUAUUUGCAAAUAGAAAGCUCUUGUGGUAAUGAUGACAUCUGUUAUCCUGGUAAAUCUUGUUUUGAUGUCACGGUACCACUUAUAGUAACAGAACAACAUAUUUAAAUAAUCUCCCAAGUGGAAUGACUUUAAGUAAUUGGAAUAAUAAUUUUUUUAAAAAAUUUCAUUUUCUAGGACUUCAAUUUGAAAUAAAUGAAUUAAUUACUACAUGGUAAGUAUCAUAAGAGCACAACAUUUAUUGGCCUGCAGUAGCUACACGUGGAUAGGAAGACUUUCCAUCAGUCUCCUCUCCAAAGACAGAAAGACUGCAAAUUUUCACUACUGUGAGGUCAUAAGUAUGUUCUUCACUGUAGGAAAACGGAUCAUAAAACCUUGCGUUCUGGGGUCUUAAAUAACAGUCGUAAUACCGCAAAACUGUAAAGGAUAUUCUGCAUAGAGCGUCGUUAACAUCUCACAGGACAAAUAACCCUCUCAGAAACAACUUUGAAAGGAAGAGCUGUGUGUAGAUGUAGACGUGUGAGUGUGUAUGCAAGAAAGAGCGACUAUGAGAGAGGGAGCUCGUAUCUGCAGUACUCCUGGCUGUGUGGGUACGAUGAUGUGUAAUCCUGAAGGAAAGAAGGCUGCUGGGGAAGGAAGAGGCGCAACUGACUCUCCAAAGAAGACUGGUCAAAGGAAUGGAUUUUACAGAGGCUUACUCUGACACAUGCUCCACGGUUGGACUUGCUGCCAGGGAAGGCAAUCUUAAAGUCUUAAGAAAACUACUCAAAAAGGGCCAUAGUGUUGAUGUUGCUGAUAACAGGGGAUGGAUGCCAAUUCAUGAAGCGGCUUAUCACAACUCUGUAGAAUGUUUGCGGAUGUUGAUUCGUGCAGAUUCAUCUGAAAACUACAUUAAGACAAAGACUUUUGAGGGCUUCUGUGCAUUGCAUCUUGCUGCAAGUCAAGGACACUGGAAGAUCGUACAGAUUCUUUUAGAAGCUGGGGCCGAUCCUAAUGCAACUACUUUAGAGGAAACCACGCCACUGUUUUUAGCUGUUGAAAAUGGACAGGUAGAUGUGGUAAGGCUGUUGCUUCGACACGGAGCAAAUGUUAAUGGAUCCCAUUCUAUGUGUGGAUGGAACGCCUUGCACCAGGCUACUUUUCAGGAAAAUGCUGAGAUCAUAAAAUUGCUUCUUAAAAAAGGAGCAAACAAGGAAUGCCAGGAUGACUUUGGAAUCACACCUUUAUUUGUGGCUGCUCAGUAUGGCAAGAUAGAAAGCUUGAGCAUACUUAUUUCAUCGGGUGCAAAUGUCAAUUGUCAAGCUUUGGAUAAAGCAACUCCUUUGUUCAUUGCUGCUCAGGAGGGCCACGUGGAAUGUGUGGAGCUUUUGCUGUCCAGUGGGGCAGAUCCUGAUCUUUACUGUAAUGAGGACAAUUGGCAGUUACCUAUUCAUGCAGCUGCACAGAUGGGCCAUGCAAAAAUCUUGGACUUGUUAAUACCACUUACUAACCGAGUCUGUGACACUGGGCCAGACAAAGUGAGCCCUGUUUACUCAGCAGUGUUUGGAGGCCAUGAAGCGUGCCUAGAAAUGUUACUCCGGUGUGGCUACAGCCCAGAUGCCCAGAUGUGCCUCGUCUUUGGAUUCAGUUCUCCCAUGUGUAUGGCUUUCCAAAAGGACUGCGAAUUCUUUGGAAUUGUGAAUAUUCUUUUGAAAUAUGGAGCCCAGCUAAAUGAACUUCAUUUGGCUUACUGCCUGAAGUAUGAGAAGUUUUCAGUAUUUCGCUACUUUUUGAAGAAGGGUUGCCCGUUGGCACCAUGGAACCAUAUAUCUGAAUUUAUAAAGCAUGCAAUUAAAGCGCAAACAAAAUAUAAGGAAUGGUUGCCAUCUCUCCUGCUUGCUGGAUUUGACCCUCUGAAUCUACUAUGCAGUUCAUGGAUUGACUCAGUCAGUGAUGACACCCUUAUCUUCACUUUGGAGUUUACUAAUUGGAAGAGACUUCCUCCAGCUGUUGAAAAGAUGCUCUCUGCUCAUGCCUCAAACUCCUCUUGGGCUCUACAGCAACAUAUUGUUAAUUCCAAAUGUGGACCACAGGCAGAAGUCUUCAGUGACGAGAAGCUAUUGUCCUCUGUUCCAUCCCUGACGCACCUUUGUCGUUUGGAAAUUCGGUCCAGGCUAAAACCAGGACACCUACGAUCUGACAGUUUUAUCUGUCAGUUGCCACUUCCCAGAAGCCUACAUAAUUAUUUGCUCUAUGCAGAUGUUCUGAGGAUGAAUGAAGUUCCAGAACUGGCAGUUAUUCAAGGUGAAGAAAUCAGCGAAGCUACUUAACACAGCUCACUUACUCUGAAAACCACCAAGACAAAGAGUCACGGAGUACGAAUUCUUAAUGAUUUUGUAGUCACAAAAGAUGAUUUUUGUUUGUGUGUUUGGUUAGGUUUUGGGGGACAGUAGUUUAAUGCAAAUGUUUACUACUAGGCUUCUUGGUAAAAAAAAUAUUGUAAACCUUGCUUAUGUUACUUCAUUGCAGUUUCAUCACCAGUACAUUUUAUGCUGUAAUAUUCAUUUACCUAACCAUAUUCUGCUUUAUUCUCUUACUGUUAAGUGUGAUGCCACUUCUAGGGCUAAACGUGGAAUAUUUCCACCUAUGAUUCUGUGUUUACCUGGGGGUAGGAGCUUUGAAUGGAAUGCAUAAAACUUUCCUGGAAGUGAACACACAGUGGGGUUAAAUCUGUUAUUAUUGUUAUUGUAUUUGAGGUUGAAUCUCUCUCAUGUUUAUAAAAGAAUUAUCUUUUAUUCUAUUCUCAUCUCUUAAUUCAGUCAUUUUUAUGAAGAAUUGAUGUUCAUUGGCUUUUUACAGGUAAACUCAGGGGAGAAAUUUUUUUUUUUUAAAGAACGUAGAAAAGGGAUCAUACUACAUUUAGAAUGCUAAUCAGGAGAUGGGAGGGGCAUUUCUGUGGUACUGUCUUUAAAGAAAGAAAGGUAUGUAUUCCUGAGUCUCUUAGUAUCAGAUAAAACAAGCUCCCUUCAGCCUUCAAAUCACAGAGCAGCUUUGAUCCUAUUAAGCAAUGAUUGCCAGUUCUAUCAAAAUUGUAGUUUUUCCAUUUUGUUAUCUAGAUAGGUCAUCAAAUAGUCCAUGAAAUUUAGACCUCAGAAUCCUAGGUUAAUGAGCCUUUGCCUCAUUGGUUUUACAAUUGUUUGAUCUGAAUCUAGAGUCAGAGAAGACUAAACCCUGGAUCAAGUGAGUUAUGGUAAGAGGCCGUGGGGACCAGUCUUGAGAGAAGGGUUAUGAAAGCACUUCUGUCAUAACAGACAACUAGAAAUGGGGUCCCAAGGAGGGUAAGUCUUCUGUCCUAUUGGGAUCCUCUGGCUUAAAGUAGAAGGGAAUGGGUCAGCCAGGUGUGUCUCUGAUAGGCCUUUGCUGUUUGAUAAAAGCAGUGAUGAAGGCAGACCAAAUGAUGGAGGCAUGAUUAAGGUCUGGAGGGAUGACUGAACUCAGCACAGAUUAGAGCUAUAGUUACUGCCUGUACGGUGGAGAUAGAGUUUGAAUGUGGGUCUAAUGGCAGAAAUAAGGGUAGAUAUGGAAAACCAGGUAGAAAUUCUGAUAAUUUAAUAAAGAAAUUCCAAGGAUGUAUCUAUUAUAUGCUAUUUUUUAAAUGUUGACCACGUCUUUAUUUUUUCAAACCCUAAGUCUCUGAUUUUUAACAUAACCAGGUUUUUUGUUAUGCUCAAAUGUACAUAGAAUAUUUACAUUUAAGGGUAAAUCUUUUCAUGUGUUUUUGUUCAUGUUCAAGUAUGUAAUAAAAAUUCAACUUUGCAUAACUUAA